AUGGCCAUGGAUAAUGAUCACGACCGUCCAUCAUCUGAUUUUUUCCAAGAACACGAGCAGUGCUACUACAGCGACACCACUUGCAACUUAACUACUCCAGGGGACGAUCUUUUUAGCAUAUUGGAGAGCUUAGACGACGGAUUUGGAUUCGGAGGAGCCAUGGAAUUCCCUCCGCCGCCAGCCACGGUGGCAUUGGAUAAUGAACAACCACCGCGACCCCUUGUUUUCAGCUCAUCCUCAGCUGACCAGACCGAGCUUGAUGAAACCAAUUCGCCCCCCAAAACCAAGAGAUUGAAGCUCUCUACAUCUCCUGCUUCGGGCGGCACCGCGACCACUUUCUCAGAUGAAGAUGGACAACAAACAAGGAUGUCUCAUAUAACGGUGGAGCGCAACCGUAGAAAGCAAAUGAACGACCACUUGUCUGUCCUGCGCUCUCUCAUGCCUUGCUUCUAUGUCAAACGAGGAGAUCAAGCAUCAAUAAUUGGAGGGGUGGUUGAUUACAUCAAUGAACUGCAGCAAGUUCUUCAAUCGCUUGAGGCCAAGAAGCAGCGAAAAGCCUACAGUGAAGUGUUAAGCAGCCCUAUGCUGGCCUCAAGUCCAAGACCACCUGGUCCAUCACCACCAGUCCUUAGCCCUAGAAAACCCCCUCUCAGUCCUAGGCUUAGCUUGCCCCCUAUCAGCCCAAGAACCCCUCAGCCAACCAGCCCUUACAAGCCCUCUUCUGCUAGGGCUCUGCAGCAACCACCACCACAAUUACCUGCCGCUGCUAAUAUUAUUAGUAAUUAUCUGAUUUCUAGUCCAAACAUGCCCACCUCAUCGUCAUUUGAAUUACCAUCUCCUUCUUCUUCAACUACUUCCUCCCAUGUCAAUAAUAAUAAUAAUAAUAAUAAUAUUGACAAUCUCAAUGAGCUCUUCGCCAACUCCAAGUCCGCCGUCGCCCAAGUGGAGGUGAAAUUUUCAGGUCCAAAUGUUCUUCUCAAAACGGUGUCACUUCCGAUACCCGGACAGGCUCUCAGAAUCAUUUCUACUCUCGAAGAACUCUCGCUUGAAAUUCUUGACGUCAGCAUCACCACCGUCGACGAAACCAUGAUUAAUGCCUUCACCAUCAAGAUUGGAAUUGAAUGCCAACUUAGUGCCGAGGAACUGGCUCACCAAAUUCAGCAAACAUUCUGCUAAUUGCAUGCCCCAUCUACGUACCUAACA